AUGUCGUUGGUUGACAGCGCGUCGCCGGUGUGGCGAUCGCGUUGGUUUUCACCGUCCAGGACGAUGACACCAUUGCCAACACCUCCUCCGACGCCGCUGCCAACACCUCCUCCGACGCCGUUGUCAGAAGCGCCCCUGAAGUCUCUGCCAACGCCGCCACUGACGCCCCUGCCAACGCCGCCACCGACGCCACCUCCACCACCGCCACCAACACCGCUUUCAGUACUAUUUCUGCAGCUGCGAAAACUGCAACUUACACCCCUUCCAACCCCACCGCCGACACCAGUUCCUACUACCCCCAUCACCGACAACAUCUUUAUUCUACAUUUUCUCUCCAUUUCUGCCAACAACGACAACACCCUUGAAGGCUCCGUUGUCAACAUCAACAAUGAAACGAGUGUCAAAAUCUACCUCAGUGCCAACGUCAAGAAGGCCAUCAUCACCUGUAGUGCCCAAAUUACCUACACCUCUUCCAACAUUGUUGUCACCACAACUGACAGCACUGCCGAAACCGCGACGACCACCGCCACCGCCGCCGCGAACAUCGUCCCUUCCGUGCCACCAGCCCCAGCCAAGAGAGGCACCGUUGCCAACAUGGGCGGUGCCACGCAGGGCGCCGCUGCCAACACACAGGCGACGACAACCCCCCGCGCCCCCGCCAAGAACCAUAUCUCUGCUCCGCCAUCGAGCUCAGACGAAGCUGCCAACAAUGUCAACAGCAGCGGGACUGCAGCUGAGAUCCCUGCCAACACCAUUGACACCCCAAUUGACACCAAUGCCGGCUCCAUUAAAGUUACAGCUGACGCCAUUACCAACACGACCCAGACGCCAGCCACCUAA